AUGAGUAGUUCAGAAAGAAUCGAAGUUUCGAUCGAACCCGGUACUUGGGAUCCUAUGGAUGAAGCCAUAGUCUCUUUGGAUCCGAUUGGAUUUCAUUCGGAGGAGGAGCCUUAUAAAGAUCGUAUUGAUUCUUAUCAAGGAAAGACAGGAUUAACUGAGGCUGUUCAAACAGGCAUAGGGCAACUAAAUGGUGUUCCCAUAGCACUUGGGGUUAUGGAUUUUCAGUUUAUGGGGGGUAGUUUGGGAUCCAUAGUCGGGGAGAAAAUCACUCGUUUGAUUGAGUAUGCUACCAAUCGGUUUCUAUCUCUUAUUAUAGUGUGCGCUUCGGGGGGGGGGGGGGGCAUGCAUGUAAGAAGGAAGUUUGAGCUUGAUGAAAAUGGCUAA